UACUGUCCUGCUGGAUGCAUUAGACACAGACUCAGAUGGAGAGUUAUAUUAUAUGUCUGUGGAUGAGGAGCAGCAACCCUCCGUCAUAGAGGAGCUGACUGACGUACACUUCAAGUUUGAAGUCAAAGAGGUGCUGUUGGAGUUGACGCGUCAGGCUGACCAGGAGAACACGCUGUUAGCCCUCAGUGUGUCUCAGCUGGGAGCAGAGGGCAAGAUGAGAACCUAUGACCUCACCAUCACCUCCUACCUCCGUAAAGUAGGCCUGGACUACUGUGAGAUACGAGGGUGGUCCCUAACGAACCCACUACCCUGGCGUUACAAGCCUGUGAGAUACGAGCUCUCUGCACCUGUCUCUGCUCUGUCUCAGACAAACUCUCUGUCUCAGACCUGCUCAAAGUGUCUGUACACCAAAGCUGAUAUCAACGGUCCUAAUUUCCAGACAACGUUUGACAACACUGAGCAAAACCUGAAGGUGGAGUUGUCGUCUCUAGACUUUCUCCUCCACACCAAAGCGCUCCUCUCCACCAUCAACUAUCUGAACACAGCCGUACCCCAGGAGCUGACAGCCUCCAAGGACAGAGAGGCCAAGAAACAGGUGGAGAAGGCUGGACAGGGGAAGACAGUGUCGAAAGGACCAACAAACAGCAAUGUGUUCACCUUCAAACUGUCUGCUGAACUGGGUUCCUUCCGUGUGGAGGUGUGUGAUGACCGGCGGAACAUCGCUGACAUCACAAUACAAGGUAUUGAUGGGUCGGUGCUGGUCCAGGCCAAAGAGACAAUGGUGUUCGCCAGGCUCAGGGACAUAGUGGUGCUGGAUGUCGACCCCAAAACCAUCCACAAAAAGGCCGUCUCCAUGGUGGGCGAGGAGGUGUUCAGCUUUCAGAUGUCCCUGUAUCCCAACGCUACGGAGGGAGAGGGUUACUCAGACACCUCCAAGGUGGACGGGAAGGUUACCAUGAGGCUGGGCUGCAUCCAGAUCGUCUAUCUGCACAAGUUCCUCAUGUCUCUACUGACUUUUCUGGAUAACUUCCAGACGUGAUAAUUUAUAGGCGUUGAUGUGGCAGAAACCUCAGCGCAGCAGAGAAGUCUCUGUCCUGCUGUGUCAGAGACUUUGCCCAGAAGAGCUUAGUGUCUCUCCAUGGACGUCAAGCUGAAGGCCCCUCUCAUCGUGUCUGUCCCUCAGUCCUCCAUGGUCACAAAUGCGUUUGUGGUGGACCUGGGGCUCAUCACCGUGGGCAACAGUUUCAGUCUGAUGUCGGUCAAGGGUUCUUGGUCCUGUCCUGUUGUGUUGGACACCAUGGAUGUCAAACUCACUCAGCUCAAACUGUCCAGGACCACGCUGAAACAAGGCUCCCCACAGACAGACAUCGAGAUCCUUCAGCCAAUCAAUUUAGAGUUUCUGGUCAAACGGAACCUGGCCUCUUCCUGGUACAACAAGAUCCCUGGAGUAGAGGUUCAAGGAAUGCUCAAGUCUAUGAAUAUGGCUCUCGGUCAGGAGGACUUUGGUGUCCUGAUGAAGACACUGAGGGAGAACAUCGGAGAGGGCAGCAAAGAGCACGUCCUGGAUGUCAACAAACAAGUAGCCCGAGACAAGGCAGAGCAGCACCAGCUGGAGGGGAAUGAGGUGGGAUGUCUCCCUGUGGAGGCUGGAGGAGGAGGAGGAGGAGGACAGCCUGCUGCUGUUACCAAUGCAGGAGGACUGGGAGAAAACAUCGUCAAUAUGCUGCUCAACCUGGAGAUUAAGGAGGUGGUUGUGAAGCUGAAGAAGUCCAGGUCAGAUCAGAAGGAGAGUCCGUUCCUGGUUCUCCACGUAGCCCAGCUGGGCAUCCACACCAAUGUCAGGCAGUACGACAUGGUGGCCACAACGUACAUCAAGAAAAUCUCUAUGAAGUGCCUGGAGUUCUCAGAUUCCAAUGGUGAACCACUGUGUCUGAUCAGUUCCUCUGUGGAGUCAGGUGCUGACCUCCUCAAAGUGGAAUACUUCAAGGCUGACAGAAACAGGCCAAACUUUGCCACUGUUCACAAGAAUACUGAGCAGAUGAUCAACGUGACCUUCACCUCCCUGGAUCUACUGCUUCACACGGAGGCUCUCCUCUCCACCAUAGACUUCCUGUCUUCUGCCCUGUCCUCCGGCAGCCUGCCCCCUUCACCAGAGGAGCCUAAGCAGAAGUCUGAGGAGAGCAGCAGGGCCAUCUCCGCCAAGUCAACGGCUCUAGGUUCUCCGUCAGACGGUGACGUCGUCGACCUGAAGGUGAUGAUGCGGCUGGGGGCGUUCAACGUCCUAGUGUGUGAUCAGAACUGCAACAUGGCUGACAUCAAGAUACAAGGUUUCAAUGGAUCCCUCCUGAUGCAAGGGCCUCAAACCCACAUCUCUGCCCGCCUUCGGGAUUUCAUCGUCAUUAAUGUUGACCCAAAAAGUAUUCACAAAAAGGCCAUCUCUAUCGUAGGAGACGAGGUGUUUAGUUUCAGUAUGAGUCUGACCCCCAAGGCGACAGAGGGUGCCGGCUACGCAGACACCUCCAAGACGGACGGGAAGGUCCAGCUCAACGUGGGCUGUGUCCAAGUCGUCUACCUCCACAAGUUUGUCAUGUCUUUGUUGAAUUUCAGCAACAAUUUCCAGACGGCCAAAGACGCGUUGAGUGUGGCCACGGCCCAGGCAGCAGAGAAGGCGGCCUCCAGCAUCAGGGACUUUGCCCAGAAGAGCUUCCGUCUCUCCAUGGACAUCAGGCUGAAGGCCCCUCUCAUCAUCAUCCCUCAGUCCUCCACCUCACACAAUGCACUGGAGGUGGACCUGGGGCUCAUCACCGUGGGCAACAGCUUCUCUCUUCUUGCUGUGGAGGGAUGUCCACUUCCUGCUGUCAUUGACCACAUGGACGUACAGCUCACACAGCUCAAACUGUCCAGGAUUUACAUGGAACAAGACUCUCAGCCCAGUACUGAGCUGCUGGAGCCUGUCAACCUGCUCCUAACAGUGAAGAGGAACCUGGCUGCAGCAUGGUACCAGAAGAUGGCCGCCGUAGAGGUAGAGGGAGACCUCAAGCCCAUGAAGGUUGCCCUGAGUCAGGACGACCUAACAGUUCUGUUGAGGAUCCUGAUGGAGAACAUUGGAGAAGCCAGCGGUCUGCAGCCAGACCAACACCCCAGCCCCGACACGACAGCCCUGACACACAAGACCACGCCGAUGCUCAAAACAGACUACGCCAAAGACGGUGUAGAGAACACGGUUGAACUUCCAGAACGACAGGAAGAAGAGGAACCCCUCGAAACCAUGACGUUUAUCUUCAACAUAGAGUCCCUGGGACUGGUCCUGUACAGCAAUGACCCGAAACAGGUAUCGGCUGUGUCUCAACACCAGGAGAGGCUGUGUCUGGGGGAGUUGACCUUUCACCUGAUGAAGGCUUCAGGGAAGAUGUUUAAUAACGGGUCCAUGGAGGUCUCUACCAUCCUCACAGCCUGCACCCUGGACGACAUGAGGACAGGCGUACAGAGAGUUACCUCACGGAUGCUGGGUAAGCGUGACGAGCGCCGAUGCGAGCGCCAGGUGGUGGCGGUGGUACAGAAGCUCUAUCUGUGUGCCAGCGUUGAGUUUCUCAUGGCAGUGGCAGACUUCUUCAUCCAGGCCCUGCCCCAGAGCUCCGCCCAGGACGUGCCCACUAACACCAAGCUAGCCCUGCCAGGCCUGGCCAAGACCUCCCAGCUACCCCAGCUUCGGGAUAGAGCCAACACUGACCCCAGAACAGGCUCCAGUCCCAGGACCAAGCUGCGUGCAGUCAUACUAGACCCAGAGGUGGUGUUUGUGGCUAACCUGAUGAGAGCCGACGCUCCGGCGCUGGUUGCCUCCUUCCAAUGUGACUUCAGUCUGAUGCUAGAGCCUGGGGGAGGGCCCCCUGGGGGAGGGCCCCCUGGGGGAGGGCCCGGGGCCCCUGGGGGACAAAGCAUGACGGCCAACCUCAGAGAGCUCAAAGUUCUGGCCUGUCCCUUCAUCAGGACCAAUGAGACCAAGGUGGUCACUACGGUGCUACGUCCGUGUUCUGUCUUCCUGGAAACCAAAACCCACCCCAACCAACCGCUUUCCGGCUGUGUGACUGUGGAGGAAGUCAUUAUCAAAAUCUCCCCUGUCAUCCUGAACACAGUGAGGACCAUCACGGCAGCCAUGACGGCGAAGCCCAAAGACGAGGCAGCAGAGGAGGAGAAGACCGAGGUCGGCAACCUGUGGUCCACCAUGAACAUCUACGCCUGCAACUACUGGUUCCUGGGAGUGGACUCUGCCAGCGAGGUGACGGAGAGUUUCAGUGACCAGGACGGCCGUAACUUUGGGGAGAGUUUCAAGGUGGAUGUGAAGGUUAUUCAGGUGACCAUGGAGUCUGGUCUGGGCCACAGGACGGUCCCCCUGCUGCUGGCUGAGAGCUCUCUGUCUGGGACGGCCAAGAACUGGUCCUCCCUCCUCUACCUCUGCUCUGACAUGACCCUGGAGGUGAACUACUUCAAUGAGACCCAUGCUGUCUGGGAACCGCUGAUAGAGAGAGUGGAGGACGGCAAACGCAGGUGGAACCUCAAGCUAGAGAUGAAGAACAACCCUGUGCAGGAUAAGAGCCCUGUUCCCGGGGAUGACUUUGUGGUUCUCCCCGAGCCACGCACCGCCAUCAACAUCUGUUCCAAAGACACCAUGAACAUUACCGUCUCUAAGUGCUGCCUCAAUGUGUUAACCAACCUGGCCAAGGCAUUCUCUAAGGGCACAGCCUCUACCUUUGACCACAGUCUGAAGGAGAAGGCCCCCUUCACCGUCCGCAAUGCGCUGGGCAUCCCUCUCACCGUGCAGCACAGUGCCAACCUGCGGGUGGUGGCCUCCCCCGGGCAGGGCAAGCUCCACGAGGUGGGGGUAGGGCAGAGCGUGGACCUGGAGUACUCUGGGUCGGGAACCUCGACACGGGGCAAAGUGUCUGCUUUGCAACGACAGGAGAGCUGCCUCUUCAACCUCAGCAUCGCUCCUACAGGUUACAGUGAGAUCUCCAACAUGGCGGUGGACCAGCCUGGCAGGAGGCUGUAUAACGUGAGAGAUCCCCUGCUGCAGGAGAACGUGUCUGUGUUGGUACAGACUGACGCCUCGGAAGGAAACAAGGUCAUCACCGUCCGUUCUCCGCUACAGAUCCAGAACCAUUUCUCAGUGCCGUUUACCAUCCUGAAGUAUUGUCCCAAAUCCAGAGGGAUGGUUAACAUAGGACUGGCAGAGCCCGAGAAAGAGUCUGAUGUCGCCCUGGACUCCUACAGGUGUCAGCUCUUCCUCCAGCCAGCCGGGCGCCUAGAGGGCCAGUACGGCCCGUCGUCUACCUGUAUCGCCUGGAAGGAGCAGGUCCACCUGAGCUCUGAGGUGCGGUCCCUCCUCCAGUGUCCGUCGGCAGACAGCAGCUUCCUGCCCCUCCAGGUGACCACCUUGGCCACACCAGAUCACCUGUCCUUCAUUUCCUCCCAGCGAGAGGACGACUGGGACCCUGCCUACGUCAUCCACCUCCACCCAGCUGUGACCCUCCGGAACCUUCUGCCUUACAGCAUCAGAUAUCUACUGGAGGGCUCAGCAGAGUUCCAGGAGCUCCAGGAGGGCAGCACGGCAGACGUCCUGAACGCCCGUAUAGGAGGUGAGAUCAUGGAGAUGGUCCUGGUUAAAUACCAGGGUCGGAACUGGUCCGGACGUAUCCGUAUCGCCCAGGACAUGCAGGAGUUCUUCCCCGUGUGCUUCACCUGCGACUCGGCCCAGGAGCUGAGCGUGGACCUGAGCGUGCACGUGGCGCGGCUGCAUGGGCGUCUGACGCUGGCUGUGUUUAGCCCGUACUGGAUCGUCAAUAAGACGUCCAGGGUUCUGCAGUACCGCGCGGAGGACGUCUCCGUCAAACACGCGUCGGACUUCAGGGACGUCGUCCUCUUCUCCUUCAAGAAAAAGAACAUCUUCAGCAAGAACAAGCUGCAGCUCUGUGUGUCCACCAGUUCCUGGUCUGAUGGCUUCUCAUUGGAUACGGUGGGGAGUUAUGGGUGUGUCAGAUGCCCUGCCAACACCAUGGACUAUCUGGUUGGCGUCAGCAUUCAGAUGAGUAGUUUCAACCUGACCAAGAUGGUGACCAUGAGUCCGUUCUUCACGCUGGUCAACAAGUCUUCCUACGAGCUGGAGGUGGGAGAGGUGCAGACAGAGGAGGGCAGUGUCAACGGGAAGUGGCACUACAUCUCCUCUACAGAGUGCCUCCCCCUCUGGCCAGAGUUGAUCACAGGGAAGCUGUGUGUCAGGGUCGUGGGCUCAGACUCCAAGUCCAAGUCCUUCUUCUUCAACAAACAGGACAACGGCACCCUGCUGGGCAUGGAUCAGUAUGGAGGUGUUAUCAUCAACGUGAACAUCUCAGACAACUCUACUGUGAUCAGCUUCACUGACUAUUAUGAUGGAGCUGCUCCAGCUCUCCUAGUCAACCACACACCCUGGGUUACCAUCACCAACAGACAGAGUCUCGGUUCCACAGAGAGCAGAGCACUGAAUCCAGGAGAAGCCCAGAGGUUUGCCUGGGACAACCCUGCAGGGGUCCGCAAACUCAGCUGGAAGUGUCAGGAGCACAGCAGUGGAGACCUGGACCUGGUUAAGGAUGAGUGUGGUCAGUUUGCCUACGACGGUCUAUCCCAGGUCCACUGGGUGUCCUUCCUGAAUGGUCGCCAGCGCGUGCUGCUCUUCACCGAGGACGUUGCCGUGGUGACCAAGGCGCGGCAGGCGGAGGAGCUGGAGCAGUUCCAACAGGAAGUGAACGUGUCGCUGCAGAACCUUGGCCUGUCACUCGUCAACAACGACAACCGCCAGGAGAUCGCAUAUGUCGGCAUCACCAGCUCUGGUGUGGUGUGGGAGAUGAGACCUAAGAGCCGAUGGAAGCCUUUCAACCAGAGGAACAUCAGGCUGUUGGAGAAGGCCUACCAGAAACACCUGGCUGGAGGCACACCUGAACCCGGCUGGGUCAAACUGGAGACCAACUUAGAGGUGAACUUUGGGAAGGUUCCCAUGGUGAUGCGUCAGCCCUUUUCCAGUAGUAUCAGGAGGAACUUCCUGUCUGGGAUUCAGGUGGAGUUCAAACAGUCGCCUCAUCAGAGAAGUCUCCGGGCCCAGCUACACUGGCUACAGGUGGACAACCAGCUGACUGGAGCUUUAUUCCCCAUUGUGUUCCACCCUGUUCCUCCUCCAAAGUCCAUCGCUCUGGACUCAGAACCAAAGCCUUUUAUGGACGUCAGCAUCAUCACCAGGUUUAACCAACACAGUCAGGUCACGCAGUUCAAGUACUUCAUGGUUCUGGUCCAGGAGAUGGCUGUGAAGAUUGACCAGGGAUUCCUGGGAGCCAUCUUGGCCCUGUUCACCCCAGCUGCCGAAUCGCAUGUGGACAAACAGAAGACCAAGCUGAUAGAGAAGGACUUGGCGAUGUUACAGGCUGAAUUAAUGGAGGCGUCCAUGACCGACAACUCAGGCCUCAGCUUCUUUGAAUACUUCCACAUCUCCCCCAUCAAACUACACCUCAGUCUGUCUCUGGGCUCUAGUGGAGACGAGUCUGGUCAACAGGAGAUGAUGGCCAUCCAGUCAGUCAACCUUCUGUUGAAGAGUCUUGGAGCGACACUGACCGACGUAGACGACCUCAUCUUCAAACUUGCCUACUAUGAGGUGAACUACCAGUUCUACAGGACAGAGAAGCUGAUGUGGGCUGUGGUUAGACAUUACAGUGAGCAGUUCCUGAAACAGAUGUAUGUGUUGGUGCUGGGCCUGGAUGUCCUGGGGAACCCGUUCGGCCUGAUCAGAGGCCUGUCUGAAGGAGUGGAGGCCUUCUUCUACGAGCCCUUCCAGGGAGCGGUUCAGGGACCUGAGGAGUUCGCUGAGGGCUUUGUGAUCGGAGUACGCAGUCUACUGGGUCACACUGUCGGUGGCGCUGCAGGCAUGGUGUCCCGUAUUACGGGGUCAGUGGGUAAAGGACUGGCUGCCAUCACCAUGGAUAAAGAGUACCAGCAAAAAAGACGGGAGGAGAUGAACAGACCACCCAGAGACUUUGGAGAGAGUCUGGCCAAGGGAGGCAUGGGAUUCUUUAAGGGGGUCGUCGGCGGGGUAACAGGCAUCGUCACCAAACCUGUGGAAGGGGCCAAGAAGGAGGGAGCGGCGGGGUUCUUCAAGGGCAUAGGGAAGGGUCUGGUGGGGGUGGUGGCCAGGCCGACAGGGGGCAUCGUAGACAUGGCCUCCAGCACCUUCCAAGGCAUACAGAGGGUGGCAGAGUCGACAGAGGAAGUGACCAAGCUGAGGCCGGUCAGACUGAUCCGAGAGGAUGGAAUCAUCAGACCUACGACCAGGAGGACGCCAAGGGAUACGACCUUUUCCAGAGGUCAGAGAUCAAGCAGCUGGAAGGAGAGAUCUUCAGAGAACACUGUUUGUACCCUGGACACAGGAAGACCAACGUCAUAGUGACCAACAGGAGAGUGAUGUGUGUGAAGGAGGUGGAGUUUGUGGGACACUUCAACAAGGAGUGGGAGUGUCUGUUUGAGCAUUUCUCAAGGCCUCCGUACGUGGAAGGAGGAGACCUGAUGAUCUACUGCAAGGUCUGCCUGAGACAUUAAAUAGCAUCCUUAGGUCCAGUCGGAACUAUUUUAAAAUUCACUCGCUCACUUACUUAGUUACUUGCGUCCUUAUCUCCUUAAGUGUUGUAUUGGACUGAAUCUCU